CAUGGCGGGUUAUGGAGAUCAUGAAGCUAUAGAUGUCGAGGAUUUGAUACGUGACUUGCAAAGAAAGGUGUCUGUUGAGAUGGCCAUGCCUUCUCGAUGUAGCAUCUUCAAAAUCCCAACCAUUCUCUCAAGACACAAUCAAAAUGCUUUUUCACCAAAUGCAUUUUCCUUUGGUCCCUUCCACCAUGACAAACACGCCUUAAAACCAACAGAAAAAAUCAAAUCCAAAUAUUUGCUUGGCCUUAUUUCUCGUCUUUCGCAUAUAGAUCCCAGUAACCAUAUCAGUCCAGACACAACAUUGAGAAAUCUCACCGAAGCUCUUAGAGAUGUUCAGGAACAGGCUCUUGAGUAUUAUGCCGAGCCAAUUGGUAUGAGUGAGUAUAAAUUCUUGGAGAUUUUGGUGCUUGAUGGUUGCUUCAUCAUAGAGCUUUUGCGUAAGAAAUCAUAUUUAAAUCUCAGAGAAGAAAACGACCCAAUAUUCUCCAUGUCUUGUAUGCUCCAAUUUCUACAUCAUGAUCUCAUAUUGCUAGAAAACCAAAUGCCUUGGUUUGUGCUUGAGAUUUUGUUUGACUUGACCAAAACUACACCCUUAGACACCAAGCCACUUGUUGAACUUGUCAUUGAUUUCUUUGGUACCAUUUUCUCAACCACGCCCAUGUCCAUUCAACCUCUUCUUUCUCUUAACCCUAACCAUGCAAGCAAACACAUUCUUGAUUUGUUGAGAAAUUUAUUGGUUUCGAAUUCUAAUAAAAGAAAACAAAAAAGUUUAGCAUGGAAGCCUAUGCUUUCAGCUGAGCAACUCAAAGACUCUGGAAUCCAAUUCCGGAAGGACUUGGCAUCAGAAUCCCUUUUGGACAUUAAAUUCUGUAAGAAUAAAGGAAUCUUGUCAAUUCCAACUCUCCUGGUUCAAGAGACCACAGAAACUGUGUUCAGAAACCUCAUCAGCUUGGAGCAGUGUUGCCCUAAUUAUGAGCCCAUAGUCACUUCUUAUGCUGUUCUCUUAGACAACCUCAUCAAUACUAACACAGAUCUUCAAAUACUUAUCAAGAGUGGAGCCAUUAUUAGCUGGUUGAAUGUUGAAGAUGGCACCAGAUUCUUCAACAGACUCUACCUUGACACUUACGUCAAGGAAAACUAUUAUCUUCAGCUUACAAAUGAAGUUGACAACUACAUAUAUUGCCAACGAAGGUUGUUAAACAGAUAUCGAAGAGUGCUUGUACGUGACUAUUUCAAAAACCCUUGGUUAAAUAUUUCAGUCAAUGCUGCCUUUAUCGUACUCGUUCUUAUCUUAUUACACACUGUGUUUACCAUUAUCAAUAUUAAAGGAUAA